CUAGCUGGAGGCGGCUGGACGGUGUUGGGGUGGUGGUGCGACUCGGCAGUGCUCAGUCGUGCGUUUUUAGAGAUAAAAAUUACCUACGUGUCCCAUUCACCAAAAUAUAACAUCAUAAAUGACCAAGUUUUCACGAAUACUCAGCAAAUGAUCGUGAAAAAUCAUCGAAACGUGAAGUAGACCAGUUAUUAUUGUUUCAUUAUUCCCUCGGGAAAUUGGUAGUACCAGAAUGCAGGGAAAAACGGGUGCUCAGGGGAGUCAGGGUACUAAGAAGGUCAUGUUUCCUGAUAAAAAACCCGCAGCCAAGCAGAUGAAGUCGUCCACGUUGACCAAUGCUGCUGGAUUGAGUUCACUCAUUACUUUUACGAUAUUGUUGCUAGCCUGGAUAUCAGGAUUUGCAUCACGGUUAUUUGCGGUCAUACGGUUUGAGAGUAUCAUACACGAGUUUGAUCCAUGGUUCAACUACAGAGCAACAGCCUACAUGGUGCAGCACGGCUUCUACAAUUUCCUGAAUUGGUUCGACGAGCGUGCAUGGUACCCCCUAGGCAGAAUCGUCGGUGGUACAGUGUACCCAGGGCUGAUGAUAACAUCAGGAUCGAUUCACUACAUUUUACAUUCACUCAACAUUCCAGUUCACAUAAGGGACAUAUGUGUCUUUCUGGCGCCAAUCUUCAGCGGGCUGACGGCGAUAUCGACGUACCUCCUGACUAAGGAGUUGUGGAGUGCUGGGGCCGGCCUCUUCGCAGCUUGUUUCAUCGCUAUUGUUCCUGGAUACAUCUCGCGCUCUGUCGCGGGGAGCUACGACAACGAGGGAAUAGCCAUUUUCGCACUCCAGUUCACGUACUACCUGUGGGUCAAGUCUGUGAAGACUGGCUCCAUAUUCUGGGCCGCCAUGACUGCUCUCUCGUACUUCUACAUGGUGUCCGCAUGGGGAGGAUAUGUCUUCAUCAUCAAUCUCAUUCCAUUCCACGUUUUUGUACUUCUCAUUAUGAAUCGGUACAGCAAUAGGUUGUUCGUUAGCUACACGACUUUUUAUAUUCUUGGUCUCCUGCUGAGCAUGCAGAUACCCUUUGUUGGCUUUCAGCCGAUCAGAACUUCGGAACAUAUGGCUGCUGGAGGGGUCUUUGGAUUGCUCAUCUUAAUUGCUGCACUCAGAUACUUUCGCACAGUGCUCACAAAAUCCGAGAUGAAGUACUUCGGUGGAAUAGUAGUAGCCACCGUGGUAUGCCUGCUGAUCGCCCUGAUCUCCCUGACCUACGCAGGAGUGGUGGCCCCGUGGAGCGGUCGUUUCUACAGUCUCUGGGACACAGGUUACGCAAAGAUCCACAUUCCAAUAAUAGCCUCAGUCUCGGAGCACCAGCCGACCACCUGGUUCAGCUUCUUCUUCGACCUCCACAUCCUGGUGACGACCUUCCCGGUGGGCCUCUGGUACUGCAUAAAGCGAAUAAACGACGAGAGGGUCUUCAUAAUCCUGUACGCCCUGAGCGCAGUCUACUUCGCUGGAGUGAUGGUGCGUCUGAUGCUGACACUGACCCCAGUGGUCUGCAUGCUGUCUGGGGUUGCCUUCAGUGGUCUCCUCGAGCUCUACCUCAAGGAAGAGGAUCGUGAGAGCAGCGAGAGGGACGGGGGCGACAGCAGCGAGGAGGGGAGCGAGGCGGAGCGGGAGAGGAGCCCUGGAAGAGGCCUCUACGACAAAGCAGGCAAAUUAAGGAGAAUGAAGCACGAGAGACCGAAGGGAAAUGGCGAUGGCCUGGGGGCCAAUCUCAGGAAUGGCGUUGUCAUCGGUGUUCUCAUGCUCCUGAUGAUGUUCACUGUCCACUGCACCUGGGUCACCAGCAAUGCGUACUCCAGUCCAUCCAUCGUCCUCGCCUCCUACAGCAACGACGGCAGCAGGAGCAUUCUCGAUGAUUUCAGGGAGGCCUACUACUGGCUCGCACAGAACACACCCAACGACGCCAGGGUCAUGAGCUGGUGGGACUACGGCUAUCAAAUCGCUGGAAUGGCUAACCGAACGACUCUCGUGGACAACAACACCUGGAAUAAUUCUCACAUUGCCCUCGUGGGAAAGGCCAUGAGCUCCACCGAGGACAAGGCCUACGACAUCAUGACGUCGUUGGAUGUCGACUAUGUUCUCGUGAUUUUUGGGGGGAUGAUUGGGUACUCCGGGGAUGACAUCAAUAAGUUCCUGUGGAUGGUGAGGAUCGCCGAGGGCGAACAUCCUCAGGACAUUCGGGAGAGCGACUACUUCACGGAGAGGGGCGAGUUCAGGGUGGACUCACAGGGAUCGCCCACUUUACUCAAUUCUCUCAUGUAUAAGCUCAGCUAUUAUCGGUUUGGUGAGGUCGUUAUGGAUUAUAGAUCUCCCGCGGGGUUUGAUCGCACUAGGAAUGCUGAGAUAGGGAAUAAGAAUUUUAAACUUACGUACCUGGAAGAGGCCUACACCACUGAACACUGGCUUGUUAGGAUUUAUAGGGUAAAGAAGCCUGACGAAUUCAAUCGACCGAGAAUUCCAAUAUCCGAGCGCACGAUUGUUCGACCCACUAGUAGUUAUCACAGUAAAAAGACGGCCAGACGCAAGAAGGGCUUCAUCAAGGGUAAGCCGUCAGUCGUUAAGGGACAGAAGCCACAAAGAAAAUCAACAUAAACAUGUAAAUACUGCGUGGUUCGUCUGAUUAUUUUGAAAGAAAAUCAAUGGGAUUAUUCAAUGAUUGAUGAAAAAAUGGAAAUAGUCAGUAAUGAAUGACAGACAUGAAGUGUUUUUGUAAUAAAUGAAACCACCGUCCCCUGGAGAAGAAAGAAUCGAGGAGGAAGAAAAUGAAAAUGUGAAAAUUAUGGUGAGAAACUUUUUGAAAUCAGUGGAUCAGUGUAUUUUUUUAAAAUCCACGUACUCUACUUGAUUGAAUGGGAGUCGAUGAUGGGGUUGAACUACAGUUAUAUACCAUUUUGUAAUUAAAUGCCGUUCAUUUCGACACCAUCACCGUAUGAAUAAUCGUCUCAUCGUGUGGUAUCUACACAAAAAACUACAGUAAUGCAUUUAUCAUUGUUUUUUCUCAUUCGAAAAAUUCAAACUUUUGUGUGACAGAUUUGAAAAUAAAGAAAUGUAACUUGUUCACAUGAAUUUGUUGUUUAGGAGCAUUGUUAAAAGAUGAAUAUUCACAGUAAAUGGAAAAUUAAUGUA